AUGGCUCGUUUUGCACACGUUAAACGUAUCACGAACGAAACCCAGGUUCAAAUUAUACUUAGUAUUGAUGGGGGACCAAUCACAUUAGAGGAGUCUCUUUUUGAAGGGUCCAGUGACAAAGAGCAUGCUCUACAAACGACAGGAUCACAGACUAUCUCAGUGAAUUCAGGAAUUGGGUUCUUGGAUCACAUGCUGCAUGCUUUGGCUAAACAUUCUGGUUGGUCAAUGAUUGUUGAAUGUAUUGGGGAUACAUAUAUUGAUGAUCAUCACAGUGUAGAAGAUAUAGGAAUAGCAUUAGGAGAAGCGUUCAAUAAGGCGAUGGGCUCUGUUCGAGGAAUCAAGAGAUUUGGCGUGGGUUUUGCACCCUUAGAUGAGGCCCUUAGUAGAGCAGUUGUGGAUAUUUCUAAUAGGCCGUUUGCGGUUGUUGAGUUGGGAUUGAAGAGAGAGAAGAUUGGAGAUUUGAGUUGUGAGAUGAUACCUCAUUUUAUGGAGUCUUUCGCUACAAAUGCCAGGAUUACUAUGCAUGUUGAUUGUUUGAGAGGAUUUAAUGAUCAUCACAGAAGUGAGAGUGCUUUUAAGGCAUUGGCCAUUGCUAUUAGGGAGGCUAUUAGUUAUACGGGUGGUGAUGAGGUGCCGAGUACGAAGGGUGUGUUGUGA